UGAUAUUUUAAAUAUGGGGAAAAAGAGACAUACUCAAGACAAAAUGUGGAUUUCCACCACAGAGCAUAUAAUUGACUGGGGUGGCAAGGGAUCAACAAUACAUGGAAAACAGAAGUUUCAAAAGCCCCUUUUCUAUUGCUGUGCUAUUAGCUUCCUCCCUUUCAGUAGCCCUGUUGCUACUCCAGAUGGCACAAUCUUUGAGUUUACUAACAUUGUUCCUUAUAUUCAAAAGUAUAAGAAGAAUCCAGUCAACGGAGAUCCCUUCAAAUUAUCAGAUUUAAUCAAGCUAAAAUUCUCUAAAAACGAAAAAGGAGAAUACUACUGCCCAAUAACUGGAAAAAUCUUCAAUGAGUAUAGCCAUAUCGUUGCUAUAAAAGAGACUGGAGAAGUCUACAGUUAUGAUGCCUAUGAUAAUUUAAGAAAUGUUGAGCCUUUCUCCAAACAAAAGAUUAUCACUCUUCAAAAUCCAAAUGAGCCAGAUAGAAACAUCAAUGAAUUCUACUGAUUCAAAAAUGGAGAUGACCUAAACUUUGAACCAAAAACAGAAAAUACGAUGAAUUUAACCAACUCUCAGAAGAAAUUAAUGAGUAAAAUUCAAAAAGAAGCAGGAACACUGACACCUGAGGCUGAAUACAAUAAUAUUCAUAAGAGGAUCAAAACCCAGGAGGGAGAGGAGGAAGAUAAACAGAUAGAACCUCCAAAGCCAAAGAAGAAAAAGACAUUCAUAAACCCUCUAAAGCUUAAAAAUCCUUUACCAAAGGACUUCAAAAUUGAGCCUAAGGCUUUCAUUCAGAUCAAGAAAAUGGAGGUUAAAAAUAGGCAUUCUUCACAAACAGAAGGGAAGGCAUCAGGAAGUUUUACCAGUACAUCCCUAACUCCUGCUUAUAAAAACGAGUUCAGAAUGAAGAAUGAUCAGGAGAUAAGGAAGGAUUAUUACCAAUUGAUAAAGUCAAGGCAAAUAAAAGGGGAAAUUGAGCUUUCUACAACUCUAGGCAAGAUGAGCCUCCUUAUCCAUUGUGAUUACUGCCCUAAAACAGGAGAAAAUUUCAUCGAACUUUGUGAAAGCAAAUAUUACAAUGGCCUGACAUUUCAUAGACUUAUCCCUGAAUUCAUGAUCCAGGGAGGAGAUCCAAAAGGAGACGGAACAGGGGGAACUUCUUACUUUGGCAAACAAUUCGAAGAUGAAUUUCACCCAAAAAUAGGCCAUAACAGAAAAGGAAUACUCAGUAUGGCCAAUUCUGGUUCAAAUACUAAUGGAUCGCAAUUCUUUAUUACAUUCGGGCCUUGAACACAUCUUGAUGGAAUGCACACGGCCUUUGGAGAAGUUGUUGGAGGAAAGGAGGUACUCUCAGUAAUGGAAUCAAUCCCUACAAAGACUGGAGAUAAGCCAGAAAAAGAGAUUAAAAUAUUAGAAGCUACUGUACUUAAAAAUCCUUACAGAGAAAUCAUUGCUGAAAUUCUUUCAAAGCAAUUUAUUGCAGAUAAGAAGCUCAAAGAGGAGAAAACAGGAGGAACAUGGACUAAUUUCAGAGGUCUCAAAGAGAAAAAGCCAGAGGAGCCAAAGACUUCUUCAAGACCGGUUAUCGGAAAAUAUAUGAAGAAGUAAGGCUUGCUAUAGAAAAUCUUGCUCAAUCUUAUAUCAACAUCUG